AUGAUCGAAGAAUUAAUAGAUUCGAUAAAACUCUUAAGAAAUUUAGCCAUUGAAUAUGGCAAUGAAGAAUAUGGUGAUGCUUUAAUCGUUAAAAAUCCAAAUAUGAUGUUAGAAGCAUUAGAAUUAAAAUCAAAACAAUUUCACCAACAUUGUGUAAAAACUGUAAUAGAAAACGAAUUAUAUUUGGACUUUUUUGUAUACAAAGGAAAAUGCAAAAACAUCAAAUGCACCAGAGGUAACAAAGCUAGAAAAAAUUCAAUUGUGUGCAGUGUUUACAGUGAUAUGGUAAAUCAAGCAAUUGAACAACUCAGGGAGUUAAUAAAAAUAAAUUAA